AUGUCUGGAUGUGCUAAAUCGCCGAAAAAUGAUCAGCAUUCGGUCAAGUAUUGGCGAAUUCAAGACGGAGGGAUAUCUUUAAAGGCUGAUAUUUCUCGUGUAGAUUGUUCGCCGUCUCUUUCCGAUAAUGAGACUAAGCAAUCCUGUAGAAAUUCCCAACUGAAGUCCCCUGAGAUUCUGACAACACCUCAGCUCAUUUCUGCAAUUCGUCAGUUAUGGGAUUCCGCUAGUCAGCCACUUUCUGUUUUACUCUGGAAGGAAAAUCUGAACCGAGAUGAUGGCAAAGGAUUCACAAAAGAUAAAAUUCUCAGUUGCAUUAAUGAGAAAAGAAAUGGCGUGGUCACUUCAAAUACAACUGAUUAUUAUUCUGUUAAUCCAGACGCUACAUGCUUCGGUUCACCAAUUUUGCAUGAAAAAUUGGAUUUCCCUAUGGUAACACAGAAGAUGUUGAUACUUAAAUCUUCUUAUGGAAGGCGAGAUUAUAUUCAUUCUUUAUUCCAGAGUGUUUUGCAGGCACGUGAUAAAAGUUCAAAUGGAUAUUGUAAUGAAAAGGAACUUGGGAGUAAAGAUACUGAGCCGGGGAAUCUGGAAACUAAUUCUUCGGUUGCCAGGGACUGCGUUUCAAUAGACAUGAGAACCACUUCGUUGGCUAAUGAAAGCGGUGUAUGCAAUCCUGAUGUACUAAUACAUGAAGCUUCAUCUUUAUCUGAUGAUGCAGUUCCAAUCACAAAAGAAGUUAACCCACUGUGUUCGGACUAUUUUCUUCAAGCUGUGCCGGAUAAUCAGAUGGAAGUUGGUGCUUGUCAGACCCUAUCUUCUAGUGUCUAUGCAGAUUAUCAUAUUAACAGCUCUUUAGCUAUCUCUAACGGUACUUCUGUGCAGUGCCAAUAUAAGAUUGACGAUAAUGAAUUAAUGGAAAUCCAAAGAAGACAUUUAUCAGAUAUAAAUGAUGAUGAACCUGAGGUUCAGAUCUUCUCUGCAAAUCAUAAGCAGGCUUUCCAUUCCCUAGCCAAGCAAGAACAUGCUUUUUCUGGGGCAAUGGCUGGAGUAUGUGUCAGCUGUUGUCUGCAUCCUGUUGACACAAUCAAGACAGUCAUUCAAUCAUGUCGUGCAGAGCAGAGGUCCAUCUUUUACAUUGGCAAAUCAAUUGUUUCUGAUAGAGGUUUUCCUGGACUAUAUCGUGGAAUUACUACAAACAUUGCCUGUUCAGCUCCAAUUUCUGCAGUUUAUACUUUCACUUAUGAAUCGGUUAAAGCAGCUUUGCUUCCUUAUCUGCCAAAGGAGUAUUAUUCUUUUGCCCAUUGUGUGGGAGGUGGUUGUGCAAGCAUUGCUACAUCUUUCAUCUUCACUCCUAGUGAGCGAAUAAAGCAGCAGAUGCAAAUUGGGUCUCAUUAUCGUAACUGCUGGGAUGCAUUAAUUGGAAUUAUCAGAAAUGGUGGUCUUUCCUCGCUAUAUGCAGGUUGGAAAGCUGUAUUGUGCCGAAAUAUCCCACAUUCAAUGAUCAAGUUUUACACAUAUGAAAGCCUGAAGCAAGUGAUGCCAUCUUCUAGUAUUCAAUCCCACACAUUUCAGACUUUAGUGUGUGGAGGAUUAGCUGGAUCUACUGCUGCUUUAUUCACAACUCCGUUUGAUGUCAUCAAGACAAGAUUACAGACACAGAUUCCGGGAUCAAGAAAUCAAUAUGAUAGCGUUUUUCAUGCCCUUUACAAAAUUAGCAAGACGGAAGGUUUGAAGGGCUUAUACAGGGGGUUAACACCGAGGUUGAUUAUGUACAUGUCUCAAGGAUCACUGUUCUUUGCUUCAUAUGAAUUUUUCAAAAGUGUAUUUUCUCUGGAAUCACCACUUCCCACUGGUUUAUAA